AAUGUGGCAUAUCAGACCAAAACACGAAGUUGUUGAUGUAUCAACUGUAUAUGCUGGUGCACCCACAUGGUUUAGUAUUAAGCUUCAUCACGGUGGGAAAUUUACUAAAUUACCUGAUAUAAAGUACAUUGGAGGUGAAGUGCGUUAUGUUGAUUAUGUGGACAUUGAUGAGUUUUCUGUGCAUGAACUUGAUGCCAUAAUGCUUGACCUAGGUUACCCAGACCCACAGAAUUCUGAAUUCGCUGAUGAAUCCCCAGUUAUAUACUACCAUUUUAGGAUACCCAAUGGUGACUUUCAAUUUGGUCUUAGAGCUUUAGGGAAUGAUCAGGAUGUGAUCAACCUUUCUAAAUAUAUUGCACAUAACAAGCUGAUUGAGGUGUACACAGAGCAUGGAAAGACAAAUUUAUUGACUUACUUCAUGUCACCAAAUGCAAAGGGUAAAGUUUUCAUUGAGGAAUUACCAGAAAAUGAUGAUCAAGGGGCUGAAGUUGAGGGUCAAGUUCAUGCAGAUUCUCCAAUGAAAAAUGUGAACCAUGGUAAUGGUGAGCCUAUUGGUGAGUUCAUGUCUCUGAUUCUUUUUGGGAGUAAGAAUGAUAGUUUCUCACCAGAGUAUAGAAGGGGUAGGGUUGGGAAUUCCAAAAUAGGUGAAAGUUCUUGUAGCAAUAGGCUUAAUUUAGAUUAUAUUGAUGAGGUUGUUCACAUUUCAAAGGAAAAGAACGAUGAUCUGGAUGGUUCAACUAAUGUUCAGGAGGCAGCAACUUGUGUUCAUAUUGAUGAGAUGGAUGGUGUUAGGGAGGCUGCAAAUGUUGUUCAAGAGGCAUCAACUUUUGAUGAAGAAGGCUACAACACCCCCCUGUUAAUAAUGCUGAUGAACAAUUGA